AUGGGCGCAGCAGGUACCGCAGCCCUGGCUUUCAACAUCACUGGUCUCUCCUGUGAACAGCCACCUGGGGCUGACGCCCUGGGAGGCUACAUUUGCACCACGCCGCCAACACUGGCGACACCUUUUCUGCAUCGCUGGGGUGGCAUACAGAUGAAUGUCCCUUGGCAAGUUCCAGUCUCAGCCAGCACUUUGGGAAGAUGGCAG